AUUGGUAGACGAGAAAAAAAAAUUUUAUUUUGGUUAGCAUAAAAAAAGUUCCAAUGGUCAAGCAAAUACAAAGAAUAUAAACAAACGCCAAACAGAACAAAUGCAAAAGAACUAAAUAAAAAACGAACAAGAAAAUUAUGAAAUAACUGAACGAGUUGAAAGAUUUGUGGUUAACACCAACACACAAAGGCGUUUGUGCACACUUGAGCUGGUGCUAGUUGAAGUGAAUAAGAAAAUAUAACAGAAAAAAAAUAUAUACAUAUGUGUUGUGACGUCGCGCUUAGUUUUCUUAGCGGGAACAAAAGUGUAAUUAUUGAAGAAAUUGUACAUUGAAGAUGGCAUAGACCUCCCCGGUUGGCCGGUGUGCUAAGUGACAAUUGAAGACUUUUUUCCGUGUUCCCAGCCAUCCAAUAGAGGACUUCGUAAAUUAAACCAGUUCAUUGAGAAAAAAAGGAGUCCCCAUUGUUGGUGAACUUCCAGUUUAUCGCCAUUGGACGUGGUCUGUACUAAGCAUCGCGGCGGUGCCAUGGAAAGCAUCUGCAGAUUAUGUUUCCAACCGGCAGCGUUGUUUCAAGUUCCCGGCUAUAAUAUACCCACCUGUGUUAAGUGCUCAGAACAUUUGACAAAUAGUGGUAAUGGCUUUUAUCAAUCAGUAGCUGCCUCCGCUGCCUCGGGACAACCGGCAUUGUCGGCAACAGCUGCUGCUGCCGCCGUCGCUGCUGUGGUAAACAGUACCGCGAAUUCUUCGAAUGCAUUGAAUCAACAGCAAAUGUCUCAGCAACAACUUCAACAACCGAAUCAACAACAACAGCAGGCGAAUCAACAAACGAAUCAACAGCAACAACAACAGCAGCAACAGCAACAACACCAGCAACUGCAAAAUUCCACAAAUUCAACAAAUAGUCUACAGUCGCAGGACGAUUCAGAAGAUCAGACUACAGUUCAGCAACAGCAACAGCAACCAACGCGCCGUCCACGUCAAAACGGUGUUAAAAAUAAAUUACAACAAAUCACCAUGUCCUCCUAUGAAUUGGAGAAGACCAUACAACAUUUAGAUGUGGACUUAGUAUCUUGUCCUUUAUGUAAUAAAACAUUUUCAGGGAACUCAUCCUUGAUCUCACAUAUACGUAAUCAUGCAGCUGAAGUGCUAAUAUUUACAGUGGACUUAAUAUUUAACGAAGAAGGCUCAUGUCCUUUGUGUAAUAAGACAUUCUCAAGGAAGUCCUCCUUGAUAACACACAUACGUAAUCAUGCGGCCGAAAGAAAAUUUGUUUGUAAUUAUUGUAAUAAAGGUUUUACUCAAGCAGCCAAUUUGCGGAAUCAUGAACGUAUACAUACCAACGAUCGUCCGUAUGUGUGUGUGGAUUGUGGCAAAACGUUUACUCAGAUUACCAACCUCAACAAUCAUCGACGACUGCAUACGGGCGAACGGCCUUUUGUGUGCAUCGAACCGGAGUGUGGACGCUCCUUUGCCCAGGUCACUAAUCUCAAUAAUCACAUGAAAACCCACCACAAAGUCCAGCAAUACUGUUGCAAUCAAUGUCCGAAGAAAUUCACCCAGGUCACCUCGCUCAAUCAGCAUCUGCAGGCACAUGCGGGCAUCACCGGCUACUAUUGUCCCCGUUGUCCGGAGAAAACGUUCAAACAGCAAUCGCAACUGCAUACGCACAUGAAAACGCACGGCCUGCAAUAUCCCUUCGAAUGUACGAAAUGUGAUGAGAAAUUCUUGCAGCAAACGCAUCUGGAGACGCACUUGAAGAUGCACGAAGAAUUCAAAUACAAAUGCAAUAUCUGUCCGAGUUCGUUCAAUCAGGAGUCACUGCUGAAAAAGCACGAGCAACGUCAUUUAGAGGGCAGAUACCUCACUUGCCCUGUGGCCAGUUGUAAUGAGGCCUUUGCUGUUCGCCAACAUCUCUCGAAACAUUUGUUAAAUAGUCACUCACAUACGGAAUUACCGCCUCCGAAACGCUCCAAGAAAUGCAUAACACUACAACCGCCUCAACAACCAUUGGCUAUGGUGGGCCAGCCAUUGUCGCUGCAACAUGCUCCCCAACGUGGUCGUCCUCCCAAAAAUAAAUCCAAGGUUAACGCUUUGAACAUACCCUCAUUGAUCAAAGUCGACAUCAACGAUGUUCUGCCUUAUAAUCAGAGCGUUUUGAGCAAUGUCAGCGGCCUAUCGAUACCCCAGCAAAUCAAUCAGCAUCUGCAACAGCAGCAGCAACAACAGCAGGCCCAACAGCAGGCCCAGCAACAGUUGUUGCAACACGUCCAACAGCAGGCGCAGCAACACGCCCUACAGCAGCAACAACAGGCCCAGCAGCAGGAACAACAGCAACUGAGUGCCCAGCAGCAGUUGUUGCAGGGCAAUCAGGUGAAGGUGCGCUACAUACCCAAUACGCAGAUCAAAUAAAAUCCCUUUCUGCCGUUUCCUGUGCCAGCAUUAACAGCAUUGCCCUUUCCCCACUUGGAACGGUGAUACGGAGUGGCGUCGUCGUAGUCAUCACCAACAUCAUAAUGAGCAACGUCGUCGUCGUUGUUGUCGUCUUCUCAGUUAAAGCAAACGUUUUUAACUAUUCUCUAAUUAUUAUUAUUAAGAAGAAGAAGAAGAAAAUCAGCUGAAAAAAAGAAGAAGAAGAAUAAGAAAAGCAAGAAGCAGCUGAAAAACAAGAAGAAGAAGAAUUUUAAAAAAAGAUUAGCAUAGAAUGUUUUUUUUUUUAUUUUUUUUUGUUUUCUUUUAAAUCCCUCACCCCAGAACGACGAAUGUGAGUGCUCCCUUUACAAAAAGAAAACCCUGCAUAGGUUUUUAGAUGUAAAACUUUACAUUUUUAUGGAAUUCUGUUCUUCCUUGAAUAUAUAUAUAUGAAUGAAUGAUUGAAUAUAUGCAAUGUAAUAAUUAAUUUAAAUUUGUAAGAUUGUAUAAUGUAUUGUACUAACGUUUUUUUUUUAACAAUUU